GGCUGUUACCGCGGGUCGCAAGUCGGAGCCCGGAGGCCGGGCCGGACAGCCGAGGCGGGCCGCCCUGAUCCCAGCGGUGCAGCCCCAACGGGGACGCCGCUGCGGAGCCUUCCUGCGCGGACUACAUUUCCCAGAGGCCCGCGCGGCGCGGUUCUGCGGCCCGCGGGGGGCGGGUGCGCGGAGGCCGCAGCUGCUGCCCGGCUGGGGACAGGACACUGCUGUUCUCCAAGACAGAAGCCAGGAAGGGAAGGUGGAAAUGACUGUUGAACUAGUAAAAGCCAUAUCCCAGGACUUGGUGACAUUCAAAGAUGUGGCAAUAGACUUUUCCCAGGAUGAAUGGGAAUGGUUGAACCCUGUUCAGAGGAAUUUGUACAAGAAUAUGAUGUUGGAGAACUAUCAGAACCUGGUAUCACUGGGUCUUUGCAUCUCCAAGCCAUAUGUGAUCUCUUUAUUGGAGCAAGGGAAAGAACCUUGGGAGAUGAAGACUGAUAUGACAAGAAGCCCAUUCCCAGAUUCGGGAUCUACAUAUGAGACACAAGAAUUACCUCUGAAGCACUUUAUGUAUGAUGAUGUGUUAAUGGAGAGAAUUACACGCUAUGGACUUGAGUGUUCUACUUUCAGAAAAAAUUGGAAAUGUGAAGAUAUUUUUGAGAGGCAGUUGGUAAGUCAAGAGACGUUUAUCAGGCAAGAAGUAAUCACUCAUAACAAGACCCUUACUAAGGAAAUAGAUCACAAAUACAACAAAUCUGGGAAAUUUGUCUAUCUAGACAAUGUAGAAGAAAAUGUUUAUAAUCACAAGUUAGAUAAAAAAAGCUUUUCCCAAAAUUCUGUGGUAGUAAAACACAAGAAAGUCUAUGCAGGAAAGAAACUUUUUAAAUGUAAUGAAUGUGAGAAAACUUUUACCCACAGCUCCUCCCUUACUGUUCAUCAGAGAAUUCAUACUGGUGAAAAACCAUAUGAAUGUAAAGAAUGUGGGAAAGCCUUUAACCAGAGUCAACACCUUGUGCAACAUCACAGGAUACAUACUGGAGAAAAACUCUUUGAAUGUAAAGAAUGUAAGAAAGCCUUCAGCCAAAAUGUACACCUUAUUCAACAUCAAAGAAUUCAUACUGGAGAAAAACCGUAUAAAUGUAUGGAAUGUAGAAAAGCCUUCAGCCAACCUGCACAUCUUGCUCAGCACCAGAGAAUUCAUACGGGGGAGAAGCCCUAUGAAUGUAAGGAAUGUGGGAAAGCCUUCAGUGAUGGUUCAUCCUUUGCCCGACAUCAGAGAUGUCACACUGGCAAAAGACCCUAUGAAUGUAUUGAAUGUGAGAAAGCCUUCAGGCAGAACACAUCCCUUAUUCGUCACUGGAGGUAUUAUCACACUGGGGAGAAACCUUUUGAUUGCAUUGAUUGUGGGAAAGCUUUCAGUGAUCACAUAGGCCUUAUUCAGCAUAGGAGAAUUCAUACUGGAGAAAAACCAUUUAAAUGUCAAGUGUGUGGAAAAACCUUCAGUUAUGGCUCCUCCCUUACUGUCCAUCAGAGGAUUCACACCGGAGAGAAACCAUAUGAAUGUGUUGUCUGUGGGAAAGCCUUCAGCCAUCAUGCAUCACUCACACAACAUCAAAGAGUGCAUUCUGGAGAGAAACCUUAUGAAUGCAAGGAAUGUGGGAAAGCUUUUAGACAGAGUAUACACCUUGCUAGUCACUUGAGAAUUCAUACUGGUGAAAAACCCUAUGAAUGUAAAGAAUGUGGAAAAGCUUUUAGCAUCAGUUCACAGCUGGCUACUCAUCAGAGAAUUCAUACUGGAGAGAAACCUUAUGAAUGUAAUGAAUGUGGUAAAGCUUUCAACCAGAGGGCACACCUUGCCCAACAUCAUAAAAUUCAUACAGGAGAGAAACCUUAUGAGUGUAAUGAAUGUGGUAAAGCCUUCAGCCAGACUACCCGCCUUAUUCAACAUCAGAGAAUUCAUACUGGAGAAAAACCCUAUAAAUGUAGUGAAUGUGGAAAGGCUUUUAGUGAUAGCUCAUCCCGUUCUCAGCAUCGGAGACUCCAUACCGGCCAAAGGCCCUAUGAAUGUAUUGAAUGUGAGAAGGCAUUUAGAACAAAAUCAUCUCUUAUUUGUCAUCAAAGAUGUCAUACUGGGGAGAAACCUUAUGAAUGUAGUGUAUGUGGUAAAGCCUUUAGCCAUCGUCAAUCCCUUACUGUUCAUCAGAGAAUUCAUUCUGGAGAAAAACCGUAUGAAUGUCAUGAAUGUGGGAAAACCUUUAGUCAAAUUGGACACCUUAAUCUGCAUAGAAGAAUUCAUACUGGAGAGAGAUCUUAUGAAUGUAAGGAAUGUGGAAAGGUCUUUAGACAAAGUGUACACCUUACUCAUCAUCAGAAAGUUCAUGCUGUAGAGUCAUCUCAGGCAUCCAGCUCUUCCUCACCUCCUAUGUCACCAAGGCCCAUGAAUAUAUCUGCUAGGUAUUUUUGGAAUUCAUCCACUUUUAAUCCUCAUUGUCCUACUCCAAAACACAGUCAUUUCACCUGUACUGUUCCAAUAUAAAAACUUGUCUUACAUCCUGUUUCAUUCCCUUCAAGUUCAUUCUUCACACUACUGUCAUGGUGGUCUUUUUAAACACGUAAAUGUAAUCAAACUACUUGCCUCUUAAAACCUUGAUUAUGAAAAUUUAAACUAUCUGAUGCGCAUGAAGUGCUUAGCAUGGUGCCUGACCCAGACUAAGUGCUUGGUAAAUGUUAAGUCAGUAUCAUUCAGAGCCUGCUUCAAAAUUACUUUUGAAGAGUGAAUUCUGGAAAGCAGUAUAUCAGUACUGGGAGAUUAUAAUAAUUUUGUAACUGAAACAUCUUAAGGUGGAUAAUGAGGAUUAACAUGUAGUAUUUUUAAAGUUUGCUAUUAGAAUAACAGUGGCUCUCUCAUGACUCCUAGGCUGUGUUCCCUUUUUGGUCAGAAAUUCAGUGUGACCUGGUACAUAGAAUAUGUUUUAGGAAGUAUCUAAAGCUCUGGAUAUCACUGAAACAAUAGAAUUAGAAUUUAUUGGGAAGAAGAUAAGACUAUAGUUAAUAAAGGCAAAAAAAACUAAAAAUUCCUUAGUAUUUAAAACUGAAACAAUAGAGAACUUGAAUAGUUUAGCCCUAUUUUAAAACACCCAGGCUCACAGACUUAAUCUAAACUUUCAAGGAACUACUAAUUAAAGUGUUGUAGAGUAUAGAAAAAAUACUUAAAAUGUAAUAAUUUGAAGUAUUUGGAUAUUUUUUUCAUGAGGCUAAUUCAGUUCUGUUAUCAACCCCCCUAAAUGAAAUGAUAGAUUAAUUUACUUAUGGUUCUAUAUAGAAAGGAAAUUAUAAUCUGUACUGAAGGAAAACAGAAGUUCUGAAUAAAUGGAGAUCCAUAUCUGUUUCUAGAUCUAGAUGGAAGUUUCAAUGCUAUAAAGAUGUCUACAUUCAUUCAGUUUCAGUCAUGAUAACUGUAGGAUAGUUUUAUGUUGACAUUUUUGUUCUGAAGAUCCUGUAGAGAGGUAAAUAGGCAAGCAUCAUAGGAAAUUUUUGGAAAAGAUCAUAUACCCCUGAAUUCAAUUUAUUGUAAAAAUAGUAAUUUUUUAAGUUUCUACUUACUUAGUUUUAAGUAAUCUCUACACCCAAUAUGGGGCUUGAAUUUACAAUCCUGAGAUCAAGAGUCACAUGCUCCUCUGACUGAGCCAGCUAGGCACCCCACAAAAGUGGUAUUUUUCAUUAUCAGUGGGGGAAAUGGAUUAUUUAAAUGGUGUUCAACAGUUAACCAACUGGAAGUAAAAUCAGAGCCACAUUUUACUCCUUAAAGAGAAGUUCCUUGAAUAUGGAUUAAAGAUGUAAUAGGAAACACAAAGUUUUAGAAGAGGAUAUAGAAUAUUUCUCUUUGAGUUCAAGAAGACUUGGUAAGCUGGACACAGAGUCCAGAAGCCAUGAAGAGAGAGUGACAGGAAGGGGCAUGUAAAAGAUUUAGAUCUUUUCCAUGGUAUAAGGCUAUGCAAAGUUAAAAGGCACAUGACAGGCUAUGAGAUAUUUUAAAUGUUGUAUAUGUAUUAUGAAGGAUAUAGCCCUUAUAAAAAAUGCUGUUGAAAAACAGCAAGGAUAAGAUAUAGUCUGACAAAGCACACCAACAAGCAACUCACAGUUGCAGAACAUGAAAUCGUCAAAUAAAAUAGAGGAAGUUCCUAACUUUAAUAAUGAUCAGAUAAAUUAAAAUUUUAAAAAGCCUUUGCCACCAAUAUAACCCAGCACAAAUUUUAUGGAUAAUAUCCAGUACUGUUGCAGAUGUGAGAAAUCUAUUUUUAUACAUUGGGAGGAUAAAUUAGUUAAAAGCCAUUUUAAAAGCUAAUGUGUUACCUGUCAACAUUUUAAAUGUAACUAAUCACUUUGCUGAGAUUUUAAAUCUAGGAAUUUAUCUUCUUGCAAAGCACAAGUACAGAAAUAUAGAUGCAUAAGCACAUUUAUUAUAGAAUUGCAAGAAAUUUGGAGCAGCUUAAAUGUCUAGCACUAGUAAACUAGUUAAAUUACAGAAAAUUCAGUAGAUUACGCAGGCACUAAAAAGAUUGAGGUAGAUUUUUCUACUCACAGAAAGACAUAAUUUACUAAUUGAGGGUGUAAUUUUCAUAAUUAUGAUUGCAUGGUUAUAUCAAAUAUUUAUAAAGUUAAACUUAUGAAAAUACAUACACAUCAGAUAUUUGUUUUUGUCUAUGAUACAAAUUAAACCCAUGCACACAGAAAUACACAUAAUUUUUUCCCUGAUGUCAUUAGGUGAGGUUUUGUGUUGCCAGUUGCACCUGGUUCAUUUUAAUCCAAUCAGAAACUCCUUGGGACACAGGAGAAAGUUGAAAAUGAGUCAUCCUUUGGCCACAACUUAAAGAUAUUAUGUUCCUGCUGCUCUGCUCCCUAGAGCUGACCUGUUUCAUGUUCUUUCCAAGUUGUAUCCUACUAGUAUGUUGUUUUCGUUUUAAAAUUAGAUUAAGGUCUUUUGCUAUCAACCAAAGAAACCUAAUCAAUACAGAAGUUGGUAUCCUUGAAUGGAUUUCGGGCAAAACAUCCUGAGAAAAUGUGCGUUAUUAUUAAAGAUUGAUUAUAGGAUGAAAUGGAGCAAAGGAUUAUAAGGCUCCUAUUCAUAUUUUGUGCCAUGCAAGUAGCAUGCUUUGAUAGCAGCAGUAAAACAGUUAAUCAGCUAUGGUUGAGAUCAUUUUUAGAUCACUUAAAAUGACAAAAAAUGCGUCUGAGGGGGUUUGUAUGAUGCUUGUUCAUAAUGGAAUUGGAGAUUAUAAAGCAAAAGCAAUAAUGACUUUUUAAAAUCUUUGCUUAAAGCAUGGACUAGGACACCAGCCAUUUUUGUAACAUAGUUAAAAGACUCUUAGUUGUAGCUCUUUGUCUGUGAUUGCUAUCAAAGAAUUAGCUACAAUGCGAAGUGAAUUCACAAUUGUGGCAGAUUUCAUAAGUAAAAUGUUUGACAUCAAGGGACAGUUGGUAUCCUGGUUAUUGGAAUGAUGAUUUGUGGAAGAAUUUGGGGAUUAAAACUCUUAAGACCAUAAGAAACCUUAAGAAACCAUACCAACUAAUUAUCCUUUGCCUGAGAUAGCUGUGGAUGAAGGUUAAAGGUUAGCCUAUUUCCCUUUUAGCUUACUGUGGCUCCAUGAUUUAAAGGGAAAAAAAUCUGAUUCUAAAGUGACCUAGAGGUUGAUAAAAGAGAUUAGGGAAAGGUUGAGAGACUCCCCAAAGUAUCAACAUUUAUAUCAAAGUCUAGAAAAUGGCUGGAAAAAUGGGUUUUAAUGGUGCUUGGCCUCAGAUAUUAAACAAAAUUUUGAACUGGGCUGAAUUUACGGUAUACACACAGGGUAUUACAUAUUUGAUGUGGUAAUUUAUGCAGUUUAUGCUCUUCUCAGUUUUCUGGGUAGAUUAAAUGCAAAUCUCUUAAGUCCUAACUGAAACUAAGUGAUUUAAAUUGCAGAAAUGACCUUGCCUGAUACGCAGGAAGGAACUGAAAAAUUUGGGAUGCUGAACUUGUUUUCUCAUGCCUGAGUUUCUCUUACCUUGUCAUUAGGCUCCCUGAGACAGGGCCAAAAUGCCUUUCCUUGAACCUGUGCCACGAGAAAAGAAAGCAUUACUAUCUUUAGAGAGUACUUUACUCUCCAACCUUAUGAUGACUGGCAUGCUGGGAAGGGAGAUUGCUUUUAGAAAGGGAUUUCUGAUCUCUAGCAAGUGGAGCAGCCCAGGGAAUGCUGAGCCCUAGCAGCAACUCAUCAGAAGCAGAGCAGUUGAUUUGGUGGCACGCUUGGGCAGGCUCAUUCUGGCACGCAAGAGCUAAUUGUUAUAUUUUUAGGAGUUUUUUGUGAACUGGUUGUUAAAAGUUGAACGUGUAUGUGUGUUUAUACGUGUGUAGACAUAUAAACCUGUAAAUACGUGUUUGUACUAGGUAAUGUAUAACAUUGUAUAUAUAUGUUUAUAGUCUAAAUUUAUA